UGGCAUUAAGAAGGUUUCCUGCGUGCAGUUUUCUGUAAGAAUCAUCAAUAACUACGAGGAUUCUUGCCUAAAAGGUCGAGAUCUAAUUAAAAAACAGGUUUUGAGUAGAUACUGAUGGAAAGUGAGAGGGAUGAAGAUUAUCCUAUUGGCGUACUUAUCGAAGAACUUCGUGGUGAAGAUUUGCACGUUCGCCUUCACAGCAUUCGAAAAAUCUCUACUAUCGCUUUAGCUCUUGGCCCAGAAAAGACCAGAUCCCAAUUGAUACCGUUUCUAACUGAGACAAUAUAUGAUGAAGAUGAAGUACUACUCACUUUGGCAGAACAAAUAGGAACUCUAGUGCCAUAUGUUGGCGGUCCUGAGUAUGCCCACUCACUUCUUCCUCCACUUGAGAGCCUCGCUGCAGUAGAAGAAACAGUUGUACGUGAUAGGGCUGUUGAGGCUCUCAGGAAACUUGCACCAGACCAUACCACAGAAGCAAUGGAAAAAUACUUCAAUCCAUUGUUACAUCGCCUGGCUACUGGUGAUUGGUUUACUAGCAGAACCUCUGCAUGUGCACUCUUCAGUGUGGUGUAUCCUAGAGUACGGAGCUCAAAACGAUGGGAAUUACUUGAUUUUCUUAGAAGAUUAGCCAAGGAUGAAACACCAAUGGUCAGAAGAGCAGUCGCUGCCCGACUAGGUGAACUGGCUCUAGCUAUGUCAGUUGGUCAGUCUUCUGAAAAACCCAGUGCUAACGAAGAAAAACUAAACCAGAUAACCGAGCAUAUUUCAAAUAAUAUGACCGCUUCUGCCACGGAAUCAAAAAUAUUAACAGAUGAAACGGUUAGUUUAAACAGUGACCAAUUUACUUACGGGGUUGCUGCUGAUGAACGUUCAAAUGAUGGUAGCAUAACUGAACACGCGUCGACUCUUGCAACUCCUCUUCAAUCUGAUGAUUUUAUUCUAGACCCCGAAAAAGAGCGCAACAAUAUCCUCACUAUAAUUGUUCCCAUAUUUAUCCGACUAGUUGAGGAUGAUCAAGAGUCUGUACGCCUUAUGGCAGUUGAAUCUAUAGUUCAAUUGGCACAAGCAUUGGGACCUGAAGAAUCUGAGGAAUAUUUAAUUGAUCUCAUUCAACAAGCUACAGCUGAUAAAUCUUGGCGUGUUCGAUGUGUUGUAGCUGAUAAAUUCACAGAAAUUCAAACAGCUAUGGGUUUACGAGUUUCACGUGAACGAUUAGUGCCUUUCUUCAUGAAACUGCUCCAUGAUGAAGAAGCUGAAGUACGAGCUUUUGCUGCAGGCAAAGUGAAAGCAUUCGCCAGAUGUCUACUAGGUUUACCAGCUGAUGUUGAAACAAGUACUACAGAUAAACUUGCGUGA